GGAAGAGCUCCUGGAACAAGGUGUAGGUGCAGGCUGUGCUUGCCUGGUGAUGCCAAACCUGCCUCUCAACUUGCCCUGCUUUGCCCACAGACUGCUUGGGCCCUGGCCUUUGGACUGCUGUGACCUUGCCUCUUGCCUUGACCUCCUCAUUGAGAACUCUGACUUCAGACUGGCCUGGGAUGCUGUCUUGAUGCUGCCCACAUUUGACCAUCACCUCAAUCUAUCAAAUGGGAGAAAAGCUACAUCUUUACCUGGCACAGAGAAGAUGUCAGUGAAGGCGCCAGGCAGACUUCAGUGGGGAGCAUAUUCCACAGAUGGGGAGCCACAACUGAAAAGGCUUUUCUAUGCAUUUCCAUGCGCAUUCCUCGGCUGGAGAACUGCCUUGCAAAAUUCGGGGGAGUGCAAAUUUCAAAAGAUGGCUGCUUUUCGGUUCUGGUACUGUUUUGGAAAGUGCAAACAAGCUGCCCGGCUCAGCUCUUUAAACAAAGGAACCCACCGCUCAUCUUUGGAAUUCCAGAGAGCCCAGGAAGCUCUGGAAAAGAAGCCCUGAUUUUCCACUGUUGGACCACAGCGACCCUCCCGUAAACCCGAGGUCUUUGUGGGCUGGUUCCUUGCCUCCGCCGCUCCAUUAUGGGAGCUUUGUGGCUAUCCCGUUUCCUCCUGGGAUGUACGUCUCUUGCGUUCUAUCGAGAGUUUGCCUGCGGACAGCAAAAGGGAGAUCUUCAGGCCGACAGAUUUGCAAGCUACGAAAACAAGCAGCCCCCCAGCAGAGUGAGACGGAGAGGGCAUGAUACUUUGAGAGGGCCAAACGUCUGCGGAUCCCGAUUCCACUCUUACUGCUGUCCAGGAUGGAAAACCCUCCCUGCUGGGAACCAGUGCAUCGUCCCCAUUUGCCGGAACUCUUGUGGUGAUGGGUUUUGCUCACGCCCAAAUAUGUGCACGUGUUCCAAUGGGCAACUGUCCCCCAACUGUGGCUCCGGAGCAGUUCAGUCCUGCAACGUCAGAUGCAUGAACGGCGGCAGCUGCAGCGACGAGGCCUGCCUGUGCCAGAAAGGCUACACAGGGACCUACUGCGGCCAGCCUGUCUGCGAAAGCGGCUGCCAGAACGGAGGCCGGUGCAUCGGGCCCAACCGCUGCGCCUGUGUUUACGGUUUCACGGGGCCCCAGUGCGACAGAGAUUACCGCACAGGGCCAUGCUUCAGCCAAGUCAGCAACCAGAUGUGCCAGGGGCAGCUCAGCGGCAUCGUUUGCACCAAGACAAUGUGCUGUGCCACCAUCGGGCGGGCCUGGGGCCACCCUUGCGAGAUGUGCCCUGCCCAGCCCCACCCUUGUCGCCGGGGCUUCAUCCCAAACAUACGCACUGGAGCCUGCCAAGAUGUGGAUGAAUGCCAGGCGAUCCCCGGGUUGUGCCAGGGAGGGAACUGCCUCAACACAGUGGGGUCCUACGAAUGCAAGUGCCCAGCGGGUCACAAACAGAGCGAGACAAGCCACAAAUGCGAAGAUAUUGAUGAGUGCAGCAGCGUCUCCGGAGUUUGCGACAGCGGCGAGUGCACCAACACUGCAGGCAGCUACGUCUGCGCCUGCCCGCGGGGUUUCAUGACCAGCCCGGAUGGAUCCCGUUGCGUGGACCAGCGGAUCGGCACGUGCUUCUCGGCACUAAUUGGUGGGCGGUGUGCCGGGGAGUUGCCCGGGCAAUACACUAAGAUGCAGUGUUGCUGUGAUUCUGGGCGUUGCUGGGCCAUUGGACAGACCCCGGAAAUGUGCCCCGUGAGGGGAUCAGAUGAAUACCGCCGGUUGUGCAUUGAAGGCCUCCCAGUAGUGCCAGGAUUCCCUGGUACAUUUCCUGGGGUCCCCGGCUUUGGUCCAAAUGGGGUUGGGCCAGGUAUUAGUGGUCCUGGUAGCUUGGGGCCUAAUGGAGCAAAUGGGCAAGGCGGGAUCUCCGGACUGCCUGGGAUGGGACCUGGGAGCUCAAGCAUUGGGACUGCCACCCUCAACCAGACGAUCGACAUCUGCAAGCAUUUCACCAACCUCUGCUUGAAUGGGCGCUGCAUCCCCACACCAUCCAGCUACCGCUGCGAGUGCAACAUGGGCUACAAGCAGGACGUCCGUGGCGAGUGUAUCGACAUGGACGAGUGCUCCAGUAGCCCUUGCCUGCACGGUGACUGUGUGAACACCCCCGGCUCGUACCACUGCAAGUGCCACGAUGGGUUCCAGAGCACCCCCACAAAGCAGGCUUGCAUCGACAUUGACGAAUGCAUCAUGAAUGGAGUGAUGUGCCGAAACGGGCGCUGCGUGAACACAGACGGCAGCUUCCAGUGCAUCUGCAACGCUGGCUUUGAGAUCACUCCGGAUGGGAAAAACUGUGCCGACCACGACGAGUGCGCCACCACCAACAUGUGCCUGAACGGGAUGUGCAUCAAUGAAGAUGGGAGCUUCAAGUGCAUUUGCAAGCUGGGCUUUGUCUUGGCCCCCAACGGGAGGUACUGCGUCGACAUUGAUGAGUGUGAGACUCCUGGGAUCUGCAUGAACGGCUGGUGCAUCAACACGGAGGGCUCCUUCCGCUGCGAGUGCCUUGGAGGCCUGGCCAUUGGCGUGGAUGGGCGGGUCUGUGUGGACACCCACGUCCGCAGCACCUGCUAUGGUGGCAUCAAGAAAGGGAGCUGUGCCAGGCCCUUCCCGGGGGCUGUCACCAAGUCCGAGUGCUGCUGUGCCAACCCGGACCAUGGGUUUGGAGAGCCGUGCCACCCUUGCCCGGCUAAGAACUCGGCCGAAUUCCAAGCUCUCUGCAGCAGCGGAAUUGGUAUCACGGCCGACGGGAGAGAUAUCAAUGAGUGUGCGUUGAACCCAGACAUCUGCCCCAAUGGGAUGUGUGAGAAUCUCCGAGGAAGUUACCGCUGCAUCUGUAAUCUAGGCUACGAGUCAGACCCUACUGGCAAAAACUGUGUCGAUGUGGAUGAAUGUGCUGUCAACCGCCUGCUGUGUGACAAUGGUUUGUGCCGCAACACGCCUGGAAGCUACAGUUGCAGCUGCCCAAAGGGCUUUGUCUUCCGGACAGAGACAGACACUUGUGAAGAUAUCAACGAGUGCACAUCCAACCCUUGUGUCAACGGCGUCUGCAGGAACAACGCCGGCGCCUUUGCUUGCGAGUGCUCCCCGGGAAGCAAGCUGGACUCCAGUGGCACCAUCUGUGUUGACAGCAUGAAAGGGACUUGCUGGCUGAACAUCCAGGACGGCCGCUGCGAGGUCAACAUCAAUGGAGCCACCCUGAAGUCGGAGUGUUGCGCCACACUCGGCGCCGCCUGGGGCAGCCCGUGCGAACGCUGCGAGAUCGAUACCGCCUGUCCGAGAGGCUACGCCAGGAUGAAGGGCAUCUCCUGCGAAGAUGUGAACGAGUGUGACGUUUUUCCGGGAGUCUGUCCCAAUGGCCACUGCGUGAACACGGCAGGCUCAUUCCGCUGCGAGUGCCCAGAAGGGUUGACACUCGAUGCCGCUGGCAGGACAUGUGUGGACGUGCGGCUGGAACAGUGCUACAUGAAGUGGGCCGAGGAUGAAUGCACGGCACCCCUCCCGGGGAAGUACCGCAUCGACCUUUGCUGCUGCUCUGUUGGCUCGGCCUGGGGCUCCGACUGUGAGGAGUGCCCAAGGCCCGGCUCUGCAGAGUAUAAAGCCACCUGCCCAAGAGGUCCUGGCUUUGCCAACCGGGGAGACGUCCUAUCAGGCCGGCCUUUUUAUAAAGAUGUCAACGAAUGUAAGAUCUUCUCUGGUCUCUGCACCCACGGGUCUUGCCGCAACACCAUAGGUAGUUUCCGGUGCCUCUGCGGCAACGGCUUCGCUCUGGAUGCCGAAGAGAGAAACUGCACAGAUAUUGACGAGUGCCGGAUCUCGCCCGACCUGUGUGGCCACGGCGCCUGUGUCAACACGCCCGGCAGCUUUGAGUGUGAAUGCUUUGAAGGCUAUGAGAGCGGGUUCAUGAUGAUGAAGAACUGCAUGGACAUCGACGAAUGUGAGAGGGACCCUCUGCUGUGCCGGGGAGGGGUCUGCGUCAACACCGAGGGCAGUUUUGAGUGCCUUUGCCCCCCAGGGCACGAGCUCACCUCAGAGGGCAAUGCCUGCGUGGAUAUCAAUGAAUGCUCCCUGAGUGACAAUUUGUGUCGCAAUGGCCGCUGCGUCAACGUGAUCGGGACCUACCAGUGCGUGUGCGACUCUGGGUUCCAGGCCACUCCGGACCGUCAAGGCUGCGUUGAUAUUGAUGAGUGCACCAUCAUGAAUGGCGGCUGCGACACGCACUGUGCCAACUCAGAGGGCAGCUACCAAUGCAGCUGCAGUGAGGGAUAUGCGCUGAUGCCGGAUAAGCGUUCAUGCACAGAUAUUGAUGAAUGCGAGGACAACCCGGAUAUCUGCGAUGGCGGGCAAUGUACCAACAUCCCCGGCGAAUAUCGGUGCCUCUGCUUUGAUGGAUUCAUGGCCUCCUUAGACAUGAAGACAUGUAUCGAUGUGAACGAGUGUGACCUGAACCCCAACAUUUGCCUCCAUGGCGAAUGCGAGAACACCAAGGGCUCUUUCAUCUGCCAUUGCCAGCUGGGCUACUUUGUCAAGAAGGGGACGACUGGGUGCACAGAUAUUGAUGAGUGUGAAAUUGGAGCCCACAACUGCGACAUGCAUGCCUCGUGUAUCAACAUCCCCGGGAGCUUCCGGUGCAAGUGCAGGACAGGUUGGCUUGGCGAUGGUUUCAAGUGCAACGACCUGGACGAAUGCGCCACUGAGGCCCACAGCUGCAACCUGAACGCCAACUGUCUGAACACACCUGGUUCCUAUCGCUGCGCCUGCCGCGAAGGUUUCAACGGGGACGGUUUCUCCUGCUCCGAUGUAGAUGAAUGUGCCAACAACAUCAACCUCUGCGAGAAUGGGCAGUGCCUCAAUGCCCCCGGCGGCUACCGCUGCGAGUGCGAGAUGGGCUUCAACCCCACCGAGGACAGCAAGGCGUGCCAAGAUAUUGACGAGUGCACCUUCCAGAACAUCUGCGUCUUCGGUAGCUGUCAAAACCUGCCUGGGAUGUUUCGCUGUGCCUGUGACGAUGGAUACGAGCUGGACAGGAGCGGGGGCAACUGUACAGACAUCAAUGAGUGUGCCGACCCGGUGAAUUGCAUCAAUGGACUUUGCGUCAACACCCCUGGAAGCUACCUGUGCAACUGCCCCCAAGACUUCGAGCUCAAUCCCACAGGAGUGGGGUGCGUCGACACCCGCGUUGGGAACUGCUUCCUGGAUACGCAAGAUCGGGGUGAUGGCGGGAUCUCCUGCAGUGCGGAGAUUGGCGUGGGGGUCACCCGGGCUUCAUGUUGCUGUUCGCUAGGCCGGGCAUGGGGGAACCCCUGUGAGCUCUGCCCACCAGCCAAUACCACUGAAUACAAGACUCUGUGUCCAGGAGGUGAAGGGUUCCGGCCGAAUCCCAUCACGGUCAUUUUGGAAGAUAUUGACGAAUGUCAGGAGUUGCCAGGCCUCUGCCAAGGGGGAAACUGUGUCAAUACCUUCGGGAGCUUCCAGUGCGAAUGCCCCCUGGGCUACUACUUGAACGAGGACACCCGCAUUUGUGAAGACAUCGACGAGUGCUCGGCCCACAUCGGGAUCUGCGGCCCGGGGACCUGCUACAAUACCCUGGGGAACUACACCUGUGUCUGCCCGCCGGAAUACAUGCAAGUCAACGGAGGCAACAACUGCAUGGAUAUGAGGAAGAGCCUCUGCUAUCGGAACUACAACGACACGUGCGAGAACGAGCUCUCCUUCAACAUGACCAAGAAGAUGUGCUGCUGCUCCUACAACAUCGGAAAGGCCUGGAACAAGCCCUGCGAGCCCUGCCCCACCCCCGCCAGCUCUGAAUACCAGAUCCUGUGUGGUAACCAGGCCCCCGGAUUCAUCAUAGAUAUUCACACCGGGAAGCCGAUUGAUAUUGACGAAUGCAGCGAGAUCCCAGCCAUCUGCACCAACGGGGUUUGCAUCAACCAGAUUGGCAGCUUUCGUUGUGAGUGUCCCAUUGGCUUCAGCUACAACAACAUCUUGCUGAUCUGCGAAGACAUUGACGAAUGCAGCAGUGGUGAAAAUCUCUGCCAACGCAAUGCCGAUUGCCUGAACAGCCCUGGGAGUUACCGGUGCGAGUGCUCCUCUGGAUACAAGCUGUCGCCCAGCGGAGCGUGUGUGGGCCGCAACGAGUGUCAGGAGAUCCCCAAUGUCUGCAGCCACGGCGACUGUGUGGACACCGAAGGGAGCUACCUUUGCAUCUGCUUCAACGGGUUCAAGGCCACUGGGGACCUGACCAUGUGCAUGGACAUUGACGAGUGUGACCGCCAGCCCUGCGGGAAUGGGACCUGCAAGAACACAGUGGGCUCUUACAACUGCCUCUGCUUCCCUGGGUUUGAGCUGACCCAUAACAACGACUGCAUGGACGUCGAUGAGUGCUCCUCUCUGGCGGGGCAGGUCUGCCGAAAUGGGCAAUGCAUCAACAACGUCGGCUCUUUCCGGUGCCUCUGUCAGGAGGGCUACGACCACACGCCAGACGGCAAGAACUGUGUCGACGUCAACGAAUGUGUCAGCCUGCCAGGGACCUGCUCCCCGGGGACCUGCCAGAACCUGGAAGGCUCCUUCCGUUGCAUCUGCCCGCCAGGCUACGAGGUGCAGAACGAUAAUUGCAUUGAUAUCAACGAAUGUGAGGAAGAGCCCAACAUCUGCCUGUUCGGGACAUGCACCAACACGCCAGGGAGUUUCCAGUGCAUCUGCCCGCCUGGUUUCGUACUCUCUGACAAUGGCCGGCGCUGCUUUGACACACGCCAGAGCUUCUGCUUCACCCGCUUUGACAACGGCAAAUGCUCUGUUCCCAAAGCCUUCAACACCACCAAGGCACGGUGCUGCUGCAGCAAAAUGCCCGGGGAAGGCUGGGGGGACCCCUGUGAGCUGUGCCCGCAGGAGGGCAAUGUUGCGUUCCAGGAGCUGUGCCCUUACGGUCAUGGUGCCAUUCCUGGGCCAGGAGAUACCAGGGAAGACGUGAACGAAUGCUCCGAAAACCCUGGCAUUUGCAUCAACGGGGUGUGCAUUAAUACGGAUGGGUCGUUCCGUUGCGAGUGCCCCUUCGGAUACAACCUUGACUACACUGGAGUGAAUUGUGUGGACACGGAUGAGUGCUCCAUUGGAAACCCAUGUGGGAACGGCACGUGCACCAAUGUGGUCGGGGGCUUCGAGUGUGUGUGUGAUGAGGGAUUUGAGCCGGGGCCUAUGAUGACAUGCGAAGAUAUCAACGAGUGCACCUUGAACCCGCUGCUCUGCGCCUUCCGUUGCAUCAAUGCUCUCGGCUCCUACGACUGCACCUGCCCAUCUGGAUACACUCUGCGGGACGACCGGAGGAUGUGCAAAGAUUUGGACGAAUGCGCCGAAGGGAUGCACCACUGCGAAUCUCACGGGAUGAUGUGCAAGAACCUCAUUGGUACUUUUGCGUGCAUCUGCCCACCUGGCAUGCAACGGAGGCCGGAUGGCGAAGGCUGCACAGAUGAGAACGAAUGCCGGACGAAACCAGGCAUCUGCCCCAACGGGCGCUGCAUGAACACCGUGGGCAGCUACCACUGCGACUGCAACGAAGGCUUCCAAAGCAGCCCCUCCGGCACCGAGUGCCUCGACACCCGCCAAGGAUUCUGCUUCACCGAGGUGCUGCAAACCAUGUGCCAAAUGUCCUCGACCAACCGGCACCAGGUCACCAAAUCGGAGUGCUGUUGCAACGGAGGGCGCGGCUGGGGACCCCAGUGCGAACUCUGCCCCUUUCCUGCCACAGCCCAUUACAAGAAGAUGUGUCCGCACGGGCCAGGCUACACAACUGAUGGGAGAGACAUCGACGAGUGCAAGGUCCUGCCUCACCUCUGCCAGCACGGCCAGUGCAUCAACGGCAUGGGCUCCUUCCGCUGCCACUGCCGCCUGGGAUACACCGCCGACCUCACCGGCACCGCCUGCCAGGACCUGGACGAAUGCAACCAGUCCCCCAAGCCGUGCAACUUCAUCUGCAAGAACACAGAGGGCAGUUUCCAGUGCUCUUGCCCCAGAGGCUACACCCUGCAGGAAGACGGCAAGACCUGCAAAGACCUGGACGAAUGCUCCACGAAGCAGCACAACUGCCAGUUCCUCUGUGUGAACGUCAUUGGGGGCUUCAACUGCAAGUGCCCCCCUGGAUUCACCCAGCACCAUUCUUCCUGUAUCGAUAACAACGAAUGCACCGCCCAGCCAACCUUGUGUGGGGUCAAAGGGCAAUGUCUAAACACCCCCGGGAGCUAUAACUGUGAGUGUCAAAAAGGGUUUGCCCUUGACACCUCUGGGAGCAGUUGUGAAGAUGUGGACGAAUGUGACGGGAACCACCGGUGCCAACAUGGAUGCCAGAAUGUGCUGGGCGGGUAUCGUUGUGGCUGCCCGCAGGGCUACGUCCAGCAUUACCAGUGGAACCAGUGUGUGGACGAGAACGAAUGCUCUAGCCCUGCGGCCUGUGGCUCGGCUUCGUGCUACAACACUCUGGGGAGCUUCAAAUGCAUCUGCCCGUCCGGCUUCGACUUCGACCGAGCCUUCGGGGGCUGCCAGGACGUGAACGAGUGCGCGGCCGGUGGAAGCCCCUGCAACUAUGGCUGCUCAAACACGGAAGGAGGUUACUUGUGCGGAUGCCCAACCGGAUAUUUUCGGGCAGGCCAAGGGCACUGUGUCUCGGGACUCGGAUUUGGCAAAGAGGCCUACCUUCCUGCUCCCCUAGAGGAAGAAGAGGAGGAGAAUCUACUCUCCCCCGAAGCUUGUUAUGAGUGCAAGAUCAAUGGUUACCCCAAGAGUGGACGGCACCGGCGCAGCGUCAAUGGCACCGGCGAGCACCAGAAACUGGACGUCAGCCUGGCCAGCAUCGACGUGGGCGCCCCCGUGGUGGUCGCACUCAACCUUUCCAACCUGGGUCCCAAGGAGCACAUCCUUGAGCUGCUGCCCGCCGUGGCCCCCCUGGAGAACCGCGUCCGCUACAUCAUCGCCCACGGGAACCAGGCGGGCUACUUCCACAUCCACCAGAAGGAAGGUCUCAGCUACCUGCACUUAGUCCGCAAGCAGGCCGCCCCCGGCACUUACGUGCUGGAGAUUGCCAGCGUCCCCCUCUACCGCAAGCGGGAGCUGCAGGAACUAGAGGCCCUGAAGGAUCUCGACUACCUCACCGGAGAGCUGGGCCAGGCGCUCAAGAUGAGGUUGCAGCUCCAUCUCUUUUAAACCUGCCCUCAGAGACACCCACGAAGCCAAGGGCUCAGACGGUGCGCUGCCCCACAUCAACCCCCCAGGAAAAUCAGCACCUCUCCCCCCCCCAUGCCUCGGCAUCCCAAACAGCCCCAGAUCUGGACCAGAGCUAAUUCUGCUGUCCAAAAUCAAAGGCGUCUUUCAGGUGGCUGUCCUUAUCCGUGCUCCUCUCCCAUCAAUGCCCUCAGCGUGGGACUCCAGUGGCAGAGGUGGGUCUGUAAGGGCAGAUGGGGCCCGGCCCCACCAACCUCAGUCUGCUCUCAGCUGCCCCCCACACCUGCCUGACAGUCAUACUUGCAAGCAGUCCAGAGGGCGGCGCUGCCAGGCCGCUUCUUCCUCCUGCAUCUCAGUGCUGCACCGCUGCUCCGCCUAUCAUUGGGUUUGGCUCCGCCUACUGCUUGGGCGCCUUGCCUUCCGCCCCACCGGACCCAGUGGUCACCAGCCGCCUCUGGACUCCAGGAAAUGACAGAGGUAUGGACCGUGCAAGCAAAGCCAUCAACUCGACGUCCCUCUCUCUGCUGGAGAACCCUGUUGCUCCAACACUCCCUCCUCUGUUUGGCACUCCUCCAUGAGCCUUGAGGAUUUAUUCAUCCCUGAACAUCCAAAGCAAGGACAGCUUUCCGUCUCCACUGGGCUCUUGGUCCAUUUCAUGCUUUGCUCCCGAGUUUGUGGGCGGGCACAGCUGAAAGCAGGCCGGUUGUGUCAGAAGCUGAGCCUGUCGGUGAUGGUUGGGGGAAGCUAGCCAGGCCUGUAUCCGAGCCAGUCUCUGGAGUCCUCUUGGGUGCGCUGGAGUUAGUUGAGCAGCGUUGAAGUACAUUGUGCUGUUUAUAGGGACCAAACCAAAUGGGAAUGGCAGCUCUGUGAAGGGUAAAGUACAGUUCCCAGGAUUCUUUGGGGGAAGCCAUGUACUUUCAAUGUGUGGGGUGGAUGUGACCUCUCCGAGAGGGGCAACGAAAGGGAUUUAUCAAGCCAAUGAGCACGCUGUCCAAUUCUGCAUCCGUAUUAUCGAAACUUGGCAGAUUGCUUAAAUCAGCUUUUCUGCAUUCUGGUGCCCUCCAGGCCCCCCAAGACCCCAGCAUCAUAGGGCCGCGCUGGCUAGGGCCGUGAUCCGAAACUUGGGGAGGGGGGCACCAAGGUUCAGGAAAGCAUAUUUAAGGCUCAUCAGGGCAAAUGGGAUGUUGCCCUGCCAACCUCGCUCUGCCCCCACCCAACGCCCUCAACUACCUGCCUUGUUUACAGCCAGUCAGGGGGUGGCCGUGCCCAUCAUUGGCACUGUGCCUUCCACCCUGCCAGUCCCAAAUGGGCAUCAGCCAACACUGCUUUGGAGUGUGCCGUCCCAUUGGCUGUGGGUGCCAGCCAUAGCUAGGAAACGGGGCUCCAAGGUGUCAAACUCCCCACCCCACCCCCAAGGUCACCGCCUCCCCAAAUCCUGAUCUGUUUAUGCUCAACGGAGACCCAGAAUAAGAGCCUCUGUUUGCUUCAGGGAAAUGAGCAUCCAGCACGAACACCGACAAACUCAGGCAUAUAUAUAUGAGAGAUCUUCUCAUGCAGCUAUUUUUUUCCUCUCCCUUUGACUCCUCAGAAACCUUACAUGCCUCCUCAGAAUGGUGGGUGCUAGCUAACCCCUCAAGCAAAGCUUGUAAAGCUUCACAUGCGCUUUUCCCCAAAUGCAAAUUAAUUUCUGUGUUUCCUGUUAGAAAAGCCUUCCCAAGGAAAACCACAUCUCAGACACCAGGAACCAAAACCACAUCCCAAGCACCAAGUUUAAAGGUUGAGAACUUGGUUUAGUUGUGCAUAACCUGUCACGACCCUUUUCUCUCGUUCCCCUUUUAUCACAGUAGAGAGACAGCUUAUUACCAGAGCGCAAACUAUAGCACUGGUCACACCUCAAGCUGGGAAGGUUUAUCAUUUCUCCUGAGCCAGCUCCACAGAAUAGCCGAGUCGGAAGGGGCCUCUAAGUUCAUUGAGUCCAACUCAAUGCAGAAAUCCAACCUAAAGCAUAAAGCGAUACGCUCGAGAAGAACUCUCGUUCAUGCCAGCGGGGCAGGACGACAAGGGGAAAAUUCCCAGCGGACAGAGGGUUGGGGGACAACUUGGAUUCAGUUUCCAUUUAAAGGCGAACCGACUCAGUUCGCACUUUCUGAAACAAUAUGCACACUGACACAGCCACCUUCUGACAUUUGCACUUCUCUGCAUUGUGCAAUGCGGCUGUCCCAUCGAGUAAUGAGGACAAAAUACAUAGACGGGGGGGAGGGAAUCUGCAUAAAAAGGCAAAUGUUCGCGAAGAGACUCUGCAAAAUGUGUUCUAAUCCGGGAAAUUGUUUUGCAGAAAAAAAAAACAUGUACGCAAAGUUCCCCACAAAGGUGUGUAGCUUGGGAGAAAUUCACACUAAAAUGAAGAAUGCAGAGAACUACAAUUAAAAUUGAGACAAAAAGCGAAAUGGAAAUUAACAAGACCCGUCCGUCCCCAGCCUGCUGGGCCUCCUCUGGAUCCUUCCCAUUCUUUUCCAUCCCCUCCUUUUUUAAAAAUAUCUGGGUGUUAGGAGAUGGCCUUGGGCCCCUUUAACACUUGAAACCCUGGCCCUCCCCAGUUCACCCUACUGUCGGCAAGGCCACAAUCCACACUCCUCCUGACACAACAAAGUGGCUAGUCUGGAUUUGUUCUCUGUCUUGUUUCGUAAUUCCUCUUCCUCUGGUGGUUGUUUUUUUCGGGGGGGGGGGGGUUGCCAAAUGGUGCUUCCUCCUCUUAUGAAUAAUAAUAUGAUUGAUGAUGAUAAUCUAUUAGCCGAGGGGUGUUUGUGCGUGCGUGUGAAAGGUGUGGUCCUCAGGUUCUUCGCACCAAGUCUGUGACUUUCAUUUCAUGCACCAGCAGCUUGCUUGUGGAGGGGAGGGGGGUCAGGCCGGCCACACACGGCCCUGAGGCCAAGCACCGCCCACGUGGGCAGCUGAUCUUGUGUGUGUGUUGUAUCACGAGCGAUGGCAGCAAUAAAGUUAU